GUGUGUGUCUCUCCUGUCGACCCCGGAAGCAAUCGCCGUGCCCGGCUGCUUCGCUGCAAAUGGCUGCCAAGGGGCCGAAGGGAUCGUCCUCUCCUCUCCCCGUGUCAAUGUUCUUCUCUCCCGCCUUGCUCGCGAGUUUCUUGCCCGUCCUGUUGUCGCCCUGGGCGGUGACCGGGAGCCGUUCGGAGCACCCCGUUUUCGAGAAAGAUGAAACAGUACAGCUGCCUGGUGGGAAAUUGGAAAUUAGAACCAGCAUAUUGAAUGGUAAAAAUGAAGACAGAUCCCUCAGGACAAUCAAACCAUUCCUUAUGGACAAGUAUCCGGUCACCAACAAAGACUUCAGGGAAUUCGUGAAGGACCAGAAAUACAAAACGGAAGCUGAGAAAUUUGACUGGAGUUUUGUCUUUGAGAAUUUUGUCUCAGAAGAGCUUAAAAAGAAAGUGACGCAAAAAUUAGAGUCUGCACCAUGGUGGCUUCCAAUUGAGAAGGCAUUUUGGAGACAGCCUUCAGGUCCUGGAUCCAGCAUCAAAGACAAGCUAGACUACCCAGUGUUGCACGUGAGCUGGAAUGAUGCUCAAGCUUUUUGCAAAUGGAAAGGGAAGAGGCUACCAACAGAAGAGGAGUGGGAGUUUGCUGCAAGGGGAGGCCUGGAGAACAGAUUGUAUCCUUGGGGAAACAAAUUUUUAGCCAACCGCACUAACCUCUGGCAGGGCAACUUCCCCAAAGUUGACACAGCUGAAGAUGGCUUUCGUGGAGCAUCCCCAGUGGCAGCAUUUCCUCCUCAGAAUAACUAUGGCUUAUACGAUUUGCUAGGAAAUACUUGGGAAUGGACAUCCUCAGAGUACCAUCCGAAUGGUCCUGCAUCCCGCCAGCCAGGUCAAAAGAUGCGUGUCCUGCGAGGAGCAUCCUGGAUUGAUACAGUGGAUGGCUCUGCCAAUCACAAAGCUCAGGUUACAACCAGGAUGGGGAACACUCCCGAUUCUUCUUCAGACAACUUGAGCUUCCGAUGUGCCACCAGCCUCAUCAAGCAACCAGCACAGGAAGCUGUCGGCAAAAAGGCUGAACUCUGAAGCCAACAUUAAACUCUUCUAAAAAGACCCAGAUCUUUUCUCCUAUGGAGAUGGGUCAGCCUGCAUCUUUCUUGGCCAGACUUUGGGUAUUUUUUGCCUGAUUUUGAUAAAAAUCAAAAAUUUUAGCUUGAAAGCUAAAAAUGAACAAAACCUUUCUACUUGUAAUAAGGAUACGCAUUGUUUACUGGUUUCAUUCUGGAACAAUCCUAUGCAGGAAACCAUUGGGUUACCUAAACUGAGAUUGUCUGGGCUCAUUCAUUUCUCUAAGCCAUGUACAGUAUUUGUUUUUGGUAUAGCAUUUUGAACAGCAUUUUGGUUUAGCAUUUUUGAACAAGAUUUGCAAGCUAUAGCUUGUGACCAGCAUGUUGUGUUGGUUGAUUAAUUUAAGAAACCAUCGUUAACAAAGUCAUGGUUUGCCAGAAUGAGUAACCUUUUUGGCCCUCACUUUGCCUAGGAGCCACAAGGGGCAUGGUGUGGGUGCUGUGAUGUCAUUGACACUGCCCACACACACACACCCUCUUUUUUUGAAAUAUUGUUUAAACCAGAGUUGGCUUUCUUUACACAACACUGUAAACCAAAACCAAACAAAUCAUAUUGUGGUUUUAGCACUAUGUCAUAAUCCAGCCACUAAUUCUUUGGAUUUUGAGAUCCCUUCCAAAAACCUUAUAAUAUAUAAUAUAUAUACGCUUAUAAUUUCCCCCCUCCCCUCCCCUCCAGCACGAGUCUGCAGUAGUUUUAAGUGAGACAGGAUCAUGACUAAUUUGGGAUAAGUUUCUAUCAACUUUGGAUGAAAUUUGAGAAUAUAUCCACAUAUCACAAUUCAAUUCAAUCUGAAUAAAUAAAGCACAUUUUAUUGUUUGUUAAAUAUCUUUUUAAAGAUCAUGUUCUUAUAUGCAGCUGCAAUAAAUAAUUCCAUAAGACAUCUAUGUGGAGUUGAGUCAUGGCAACUGGAUUUCUUUUCUUUUUGUUGAUUUGAAACGUUUUGUCCAAGUAUCUUUUUCAUUCUGAGCAAGAUAAUAGAAUAACAGAAAUAACAGGAUAAC